CAUCAUGCACCGCGAGCGCGGCCACGCGCGCCGUCCGCACCGUGCCGCCGUCCGAGCUGCCAGGUGAAGGAGACAGGGUUCGGGACAGGACCGGGAAGCGCCGGGAGGCGGAGGAGGCCCGGGAAGGCAUUUUUCUUCAUGGCCCGUAAGCCCCCAGCCUCCUGUGAGCUGCAGUUCUCUGUGUUACGGAGGAACAGAACAAAGGGAACGGCUUCCCACCGACAGGGCAGGAUUAGGCUGGGCUAGGACGCAAUGGCAGCCUCCUCCUCAUCCUCCUCAGCCGGCGGAGUCAGUGGCAGCUCAGUGACAGGGUCGGGGUUCAGCGUUUCGGACCUGGCACCGCCCCGGAAAGCCCUCUUCACUUAUCCCAAAGGAGCCGGGGAGAUGCUGGAAGAUGGCUCUGAGAGGUUCCUCUGUGAGUCUGUGUUCAGCUUUCAGGUUGCAUCGACAUUAAAGCAAGUGAAGCAUGAUCAACAAGUUGCAAGGAUGGAAAAACUUGCCAGUCUGGUGGAAGAGCUGGAGGCAGAUGAGUGGAGGUACAAGCCAAUCGAGCAGCUCCUGGGAUUCACUCCCUCCUUGAGCUGAGCAUGUCUGGAUCACUGCUGUCAGGGAGCAGAAGAAAAAACAUUCCUUGGCCUGGCUUCAACACACCCCCCAUUUAUCAAAUGCUGACAGCUGCAUCGGCAGGAUGGGGCUUUGGGUUUUUUUGAGCGUGGGGAUCUCCUGUAAAGCUGCCAAUAAACAGAAAUUAGGGGAUUCUGUAAGUCCUUACAGGCUGGCAGGACUUGGUUUCUGUAACUUAGGAGGCAGGAUCAGCCGUACAGCCCUUGGAGAAUCUCCAUAUUGUUUACAGAGGGGGACACAUGGACGGUGCAGCUGAGGGGAGGGUGACCCUGUAACUCGGUCCAGGUUCCCGCUGGAGCACAGCCAGAGUGCUGGGUGAGUGGGGAAUCCCUCUGGAGCAAAUGCCAGAAGCACUCUUCAGCCCCAGCCAUCAUUCUGAGGGAUGGACACAAACUGUCUUGGGGUCAGGUGAGGGGCCAAGCAGUGUCACCUCCUCCAGCAGUGCCUCGGUCAUUGCCCAAGCCAUUUCCUCUUCAUCGCCGUUUCUCUGAUAGUGCUGACUAGCUCUUUCUUUAAUACCCUGAAACUUUGUCCUCUUUGUUCUGUAUUAGAUUUCUCUGUGACAAUAAAUAACUCUGUCUUUGAAA